CCUGUGAGGAGCGGGACGUGAGCCUGCCACAGAGCGAGCACAAGGAGCCCUGGUUCAUGCGGCUCAACCUGGGCGAGGAGGUGCCCGUCAUCAUCCACGGCGACAACAUCAUCAGCGACUAUGACCAGAUCAUCGACUACGUGGAGCGCACCUUCACCGGAGAGCACGUGCUGGCCCUGAUGCCCGAGGCGGGGAGCCCACAGCACGCACGGGUGCUGCAGUACCGCGAGCUGCUGGACGCGCUGCCCAUGGACGCCUACACACACGGCUGCAUCCUGCACCCCGAGCUCACCACCGACUCCAUGAUCCCCAAGUACGCCACGGCCGAGAUCCGCAGACAUUUAGCCAGCGCCACCACGGACCUCACGAAACUGGACCAUGAGGAGGAGCCUCCGCUCUCUGAGCCCUACCUUUCUAAACAGAAGAAGCUCAUGGCCAAGAUACUGGAGCAUGACGACGUGAGCUACCUGAAGAAGAUCCUCGGGGAGCUGGCCAUGGUGCUGGACCAGAUCGAGGCUGAGCUGGAGAAGAGGAAACUCGAGAACGAGGGGCAGAAGUGCGAGCUGUGGCUCUGCGGCUGCGCCUUCACCCUCGCCGAUGUCCUCCUCGGAGCCACCCUGCACCGCCUCAAGUUCCUGGGACUGUCCAAGAAAUACUGGGAAGACGGCAGCCGGCCCAACCUGCAGUCCUUCUUUGAGAGGGUCCAGAGACGCUUUGCUUUCCGGAAAGUUCUCGGCGACAUCCACACCACCCUGCUGUCGGCCGUCAUCCCCAACGCGUUCCGGCUGGUCAAGCGGAAGCCCCCCUCGUUCUUCGGGGCGUCCUUCCUCAUGGGCUCCCUGGGUGGGAUGGGCUACUUUGCCUACUGGUACCUCAAGAAAAAAUACAUCUAGAGCCAGGCCGGGCUUGACAUCUGACUGUCGGUGUGUCUGCCGUGUGAUACCCCACGAGCUCUCCGCCACCCAUGUCCCAUGAACACGCGGCAGCCCCUCCCCGCCCCUGUUCUGAGUACUCCCAUCGUCAGUGUGGACACGUGCCAUAGUGUAGAAGUAGACGUUGCCAAUGCCGUGACCGUGACCGUGACCAGAGGCCGCGGCUCUGCUAAGGACCGGAAGGAAGUGAAAGUAGAAACAACCCGAAUGCCUUCCUUUUGCCUCAAGGUCUCGAGACAGAACUGCGGGGGCUGGUUAGGACCUGAGGUGAGUCCCCGGCCAUUUCAUCCAGCGGGGCCCAGAUCCUGAGAGGUGCUGGAGGCUCGGGGGGCCUGACCCCUCGCCUCUGCUUCCCUCUUGCCCAGGGAACUCUUCCACGGGACAAAGCCAACAUCGAGACUUGACUCUUCUAACCAGCACCUCUGAGUGAGGCUGGAGGGCCAGAGAUGCCCCCGGGAGGCCCCUGAAGAUCAGAAGGGGCUUCGUUCUUCUCCUGGACAUGGACUGAGGCAGCCCUGGCUCGGGACAAGGCGGUGGCACCCAAACACCAGGCCAUGGUUGGGACCAACCUGGAGAGCACACCCUCAUCCCCUCCCAAUUUGGCAUUGGAACAGAAAGCCCCAGAGGCAGCCUCUGUCACCCUUGCCUACCUUAGAGCUUUCCCGUAAGGUGGGACAUUCAGUA